AUUACCAUGACCAACCAGUCAACAGAUACCAUCUCACCUAUUCCUUUUGUCCAUUAUCAUUGUGAUUGCCCUGAUUUGAAAACUUCAAGUCAUGAACAAGCACGGUUGACUAAAGAUCCAGUUCUUUUAGAUGAAAGCGGCAACAACAAAAUAUCUUCCCCUCCUUCUUUAUUACUUUCACCUUCCAACUCUUCCCGACUCGAUCGACUAGAUGAAAAUACAGCUUUUAACACUGGACGCCAUUUACUUUCUCCUGAAGCUUCCAACUAUUUGUAUCCGUUAUCAAGACUUUAUUUUUGUGAAGAUUGUCAUGAAAUCAGAUGCCCUUGUUGUGUUCAAGACGAAAUUAUAUCCUAUUAUUGUCCUAAUUGUCUAUUUGAAGUACCUACAGCAAGUGUCAAGAGUGAAAAAAAUCGGUGUGCUCGAAAUUGUUUCCAGUGUCCUAUCUGUCAUAACACAUUGGCAGUUGUCGCGUCUAAAGAAGCAACUUCUUCUUCAAUGAGUGCAACGAACACAGGUCCAUACUUUUUAGCAUGUAAUGUUUGUCGAUGGAAUUCUCAAGAGAUUGGCAUGGUCUUUGAAAAACCUACUAGUCUUGCAUUGCAAUUACAAAAGAAUGAAGAUGCUUUACCAGACGUACAAGAAUUUGAUCAUUUGAAAGAACACUUUGAAAAACAUCUACGCGUGAAUACACCAUCGUUACCAAGCAGUUACUUAUCAUUUUCGGGUAGUGGAUACAACAAAAUACUUGGCAGUGGUGGUAUGUUAGGUAGUUCAUACGAUUUGUAUCAUUCAGCUGGACAUCAUCAACAACAGCAACAAAUGCAAGGACGAUUGGACGAUAUUUCAACAUAUGAAACCAGUGUACAAGUACCAGAAAAGGAAUCAGCCACUUUGGAAUCUUUAAUGGGUUUACGUGAUAUGAAUCGUAUAUCAACUUUGGCUCAACGAUAUACUCAAUUACAUGAUCAACCCUAUCAUAUGGAUCAAAUUCAUCCUCAACGUAUUCACUUAUGUAUUAAACGAUCAAAACGAUGUCGAACGUGUCGUCAUAUCCUUAUCAAACCGGAACAAAAAGCUCAGGCUACAAGAUUCAAGAUUAAACUUGUUGCUAUGAAUUACAUUCCCAAUAUCACCAUUACCAAAAUAUUUACACAACAACCAUCAACAAGUACGAUUCUUCAACAACAACAACCUCUUGUAUUGAAACUUGGUGUGGCGACACAAUUUGCAUUGAAAUUCACCAAUCCACUGUACGAAGUGAUGAGUGUCACCUUGGCUACACCUCCUCCGCAACAAAAGAAAAACUUUGGAAAUGAGGAUGAUACAUCAGCUACUGUGAACGGUCGAGUCACUAUCAUCUCACCUCAUUUUACUGUCAAUGCAUACAACGAAACUAUAGAAUAUGAUGAUGAAAUGUAUCCUCUCAGCAAUUCUUCUUCUAGUAAAUCCAAACCCGGUAUAUCAGCAUCUUGGGCAAGUGGGAUCUAUGAAAAACGAAAUAAUUAUACCAGUGUCAUUGUCGAAGUGAUUCCAGAAAAACCUGGUGAAUUCAAGUUUCCUCUAUUGGUUACAUGCAAUUACAAAUCAGACGAAGAUAGAAUGGAUGUCUCUUCAGGCGAUAUUGAUGAAGAAGAAAUUGAAAAUAUAGAUAUGGAUAGUAGUAUUGAUGGAUCAAGAAAGGCAAAUUCUUCUAUACGAAUGGAUGACGACAAGAUCAAGAGUUACUCUUUCUGGUGUCUUGUUGGUCUUGGGAUGGUACAAUCGUAGUUUAUUCAUUAGUGUAGUAGCUUGAUAUGAUAGAAUAGUGACUAUUAUUUUCAAUAAAAUAAAAAAAAAAGUUGAUAUACUAAC